AUGACAUUCACCAAACUGGCAGCGCACACCGGCGCCACACUCCAUAUAUGGAGGCGCCUACGCGAACUGAAAGGCCAGGCCACUAUAAUCCUUGACGGGAACAGUCUUGACGUUGCCUCUAUUGUUGCUGUCGCUCGUUAUGACGUCAAGCCCAGCAUCUGCACAGAUGACCAACUCGCCCAAAAGAUCGAACUAAGUGUGAACGCCCUCGCUGAAUAUCUUUCGCAUGAUUGGGUCGUUUACGGAGUCAACACUGGUUUCGGAGGCAGUGCUGACACUAGAACCAAUGCGCUCAUCGAUCUACAAACGCAUUUGCUUCAAUUUAUCCAGAGUGCAAUCAUUACAGAGGCCGACAAGAACCCGGCGAGUAAUUCGGAGCGGGAGCCUUCACAUGUGAUGCCACCCUCAUGGGUUCGUGGAGCUAUUGUCGCUCGCGCAAAUCAGAAUCUCAGAGGCCACAGUGCUGUCCGCAUGAAUGUUAUUCAGAGCUUGAUUGAUUUGUUGAUUCACGAUAUCACCCCACUGAUUCCCCUUCGAGGCACAAUUUCUGCAUCUGGAGAUCUCAUGCCCAUGGCGUAUAUUGCUGGAGCAAUCACUGGAAAUCCGGAUAUUUUCGUACAAGUUGGAAAGAGCCAAAAUGCGAGAGUAUUACCAUCUCCAGAAGCGCUGCAAGAGAGCAGAAUUUUUCCAACUGGACUUGGCCCCAAGGAGGCACUGGGUCUCAUCAACGGCACUGCUCCUUCCGUCGCAGUGGCAAGUCUCGUGUUGUAUGAUACGCAGCAGCUUGCGCUGCUAUCUCAGGUCUUGACAGCUUUUUCUGCAGAGUCAAUUGGCGGAAAUGUCGAGUGGACUCAUCCCUUCAUUCAUGCUACGAGACCCCAUGCUGGUCAAAUUGAAGUAGCAAACAAUAUCCGACGCUUCUUACGGGGCUCCAAGCUUGUCGUCGGUCUAGAAUCGAGGAAGAGGACUGGGGAUGGGCUGUGGCAGGAUCGAUACUCGACGAGAACAGCUCCCCAAUGGAUCGGUCCGUAUCUAGAAGAUCUUCUUCUCGCACAAAGACAAUUGGAAGUCGAACUCAACUCCACCUCUGACAAUCCUUUAAUUGAUUCCGCUGGUCCAUCUGGCGGGGAGAUAUACUCCGGCGGGAACUUCCAAGCAACAUCUGUCACAACGGCUAUGGACAAGACACGCCUCGCUCUUCAAAUGAUCGGACGGAUGCUUUGGUCUCAGGUCACGGAGAUUAUCAACCCGGCGACAAAUAAGGGACUCGAGGCCAAUCUCAAUGCUAGUCCAUAUGAGAAUUACACCAUGAAAGGAAUUGACAUCAACAUGUCAGCGUACAUGUCUGAACUGGCAGCCUUGGCCCAUCCAGUUUCAGCCCACAUUAUGUCGGCAGAGAUGCACAACCAAGGCAUUAACUCAUUAGCUCUCAUCACAGCUCGGCGUACAAUGGAAGCUGUCGACCUAGUGGCGCAUAUGAGUGCCUGCCAUAUCUACGUCUCGUGCCAAGCUGUGGAGUUACGGGCACGCCACAUCCAGUUCCUUUCCAAUCUCUGCGAGAGGAUAGAAGAUACCACGUCAUCCGGUGCUCUGCAUGGACUUGGACUGACAGCUCCACAAAUCGACACUCUGUCUGCAUCCCUCUUCCCCAUUGUUGAGUCAACAUGGUACCACUGGAACUCCAAUACCUGGAAAGAGCGUAUCUCACAUGUGGUGGAAGCCGUUAUAUCACCUGUGGUCAGCUUUUUGCUCCAAAUCCAAUUGGAUUGUUCGCUAUCAUCACUGGAUGAUUUCAAAGCACGCUUUGAAGACGUUAUUUCAAGGACGGCCGGUGCGAUAUUUGAUUCAAGCUCCACCAUAUCUCCACCAGAAGUGGCUUUGCAACUUGGAGAUGGAACUGCACAGCUGUACACCUGGGUUCGUUCAGAACUAGACAUACCACUUCAUGGUGGUAUAAGCGAAGAUCCUUUAUACAAUCGCCAAAACGGCCUCCCUGAAAAAAGCAAGAAGACUAUUGGGAGCCAGGUUAGUUUGAUUUAUGAGAGGCUGUUGAAAGAUGGCGUUAUGGACGUGUUAUUCGAUACUUUGGAUAAAUAUUGA